AUGACGACGGUCAUUGGGCUGGCUCCGUGGCACCAGCGUGGAUUACACCUGAGUCAGUCGUUCCGACUAUGCAGGCGUACAUUGUUCACGGUAUUAGCUCUGGAAAGCUCAGCCGACGAUACCUGUGCUGCAGUGGUUACCUCGUCCCGUCAGAUACUCUCGAACAUUGUCGUGAAACAGCAUGAUUUACACGAGGGUUUCGGUGGAAUCCAUCCUACUGUUGCGAUCGAAGCACACCAACGUAACAUGCCGGGCGCCGUACGCAGGGCACUCGAGAAUGCGAAACUUACAAUGCAGGAUGUGGAUGGGAUUGCAUUUACCAGGGGACCAGGGAUCGGAGGUUGCCUCAGCGUUGGGUCCAAUGCAGCGAAGUCCCUUGCUGCUGCCCUUAACAAACCAAUGGUUGGUGUUCAUCACAUGCAAGCGCAUGCUUUGACGCCAUUACUGACCGCGCCAGUUGACCAAAUACCAGAGUUUCCAUUCCUCACACUGCUGAUAUCCGGUGGUCACACUCUGCUCCUCCUCGCAACAUCGAAAACGUCUUUCGAGAUUCUUGCUACGACCGCGGACGAAAGCGUGGGCCGUUCAUUUGACAAGGUGGCUCGUAUGUUGGCACUCUCAUGGGGCACAAAGGGUCCCGGAGCAGCCCUUGAAGAUUUCUGCCGCAAGGACAUCGGUGACGUCCCGGACGUUGGCUCAUUUCCCGUCCCUAUGCCGGGGAAGCUUGCCUUCUCGUACAGCUGUCUGCAUUCUUCAAUAGAGCGAUAUCUAGCCAGUACCCAAGUGCCUCUUACGGAGGGCCAUCGUGUUGCACUUGCCCGCGCUUUUCAGGACGCGGCUGCUCAACAGUUGUGCGAGAAGCUCACACUAGGGCUCGAGAAACUCUCGUUGCGAAAUAUCAACCCACGUCACGUCGUGGUGAGCGGCGGCGUGGCAAGUAAUUUGUUCCUGAGAACCAGGUUGCGUGCAGCAUUGGAUAGCUACAGUCCAGACGCGAAGAUAGAUCUCGUCUUUCCACCACCAGAGCUCUGUACAGACAAUGCAGUGAUGAUCGGAUGGGCUGCAAUGCAUAGGUUCCUUGCUGGAGACCACGAUGACUACUCCAUCGACCUACGGGCGAAAUGGGAUAUUAGUACUAUCCCAGAUGUGAACUCACGCAUUCCGGCUUAG